GGCCCGGAACAUGCUGUCAAGGCUGAACGUGUAGCCUCCUGAAUUCAAACAUCACGUGAGAAGAACUGAGGGGUCGAUCUGAAACUGUGGAUGGAAGCUCGAGACGCAGACAGUUGACUCUUGGGGCGUGCGCAGUGGUAUCCACGGCUGAAUGGAGAAGCUUCAUUCGUGAAUGGAAUGGUGUUUGUAAAGCAAGAAUGGAUAGCUGUUGGAUGAUUCGCCAAGUUCUUUUUGCGUUCAUAUUAUUUGCUGGUGGUGGGCUGUGCAACAGUGAUGAGACACAGCUGGUCAAGGAUCUGUUUCAAGACUACAAUAAGGUGGUUCGGCCCGUGAGCCACUUCAAGCACCCGGUGGUGGUGAAAGUGGGCCUGCAGCUUAUUCAGCUCAUUAGUGUGGAUGAAGUGAAUCAGAUUGUCACAAGCAACGUCCGGCUUAAACAAUCUUGGGAGGAUGUGAAUCUAAAGUGGGAUCCUAGUAAAUACAACGGCAUCAAGAAAAUACGCAUCCCCUGCACAGACAUCUGGAGACCCGACCUGGUGCUUUACAACAAUGCAGACGGUGACUUCGCCAUCGUGCAUGAGACCAAGGUGCUGCUGGAGCACACGGGCAUGGUGACGUGGAACCCACCCGCCAUCUUCAAGAGCUACUGCGAGAUCAUCGUCCUCUACUUCCCCUUCGACCUGCAGAACUGCUCCAUGAAGCUGGGCACCUGGACAUACGAUGGCACACUGGUGGUCAUCAACCCGGACAGCGACCGCCCCGACCUGAGCAACUUCAUGGAGAGCGGCGAGUGGGUGAUGAAGGACUACCGCAGCUGGAAGCACUGGGUCUACUACGCCUGCUGCCCGGAGACGCCCUACCUGGACAUCACCUACCACUUCCUCAUGCUACGGCUGCCACUCUACUUCAUCGUCAACGUCAUCAUUCCCUGCAUGCUGUUCAGCUUCCUCACAGGACUGGUCUUCUACCUGCCUACGGAUUCAGGUGAGAAGAUGACGCUGAGUAUCUCUGUCCUGCUGUCCCUGACUGUGUUCCUGCUGGUUAUCGUGGAGCUGAUCCCCUCCACCUCCAGUGCCGUGCCCCUGAUCGGGAAGUACAUGCUCUUCACCAUGGUCUUCGUCAUCGCCUCCAUCAUCAUCACCGUCAUCGUCAUCAACACCCACCACCGCUCGCCCAGCACACACACCAUGCCGCAGUGGGUCCGCACGAUCUUCAUUGACACCAUUCCCAACCUGAUGUACUUCUCCACCAUGAAGCGUCCGUCCGAGGAGCGCCGGGAGAGGCAGCUCUUCCAGAACGACAUGGACAUCUCGGAAAUCUCCGGAAAGCCGGGCCCCACCCAGGUCACCUUCCAGUCGCCCAUCAUCAAGAACCCGGAGGUGCGGAGCGCCAUCGAGGGAGUCAAGUACAUCGCCGAGACCAUGAAGGGCGACGAGGAGUCCAACAAUGCAUCGGAGGAGUGGAAGUUUGUUGCCAUGGUGAUGGAUCACAUUCUGCUGUGUGUCUUCAUGGCCGUGUGCAUCAUUGGCACGCUGGGCGUGUUUGCCGGACGUCUCAUCGAUCUGCAUAUGCAGGGCUGAAUGGGUGCCUGGAGGCCCGAGCGCGAAGCCUGGAGCUGGAGUACGUGUGCCAGCCCCAUAUGGCUACCCUUUUCCUGGGGGGGGCGGGGACGUGGGUGCUGCCUGCUCCCCACUCCCGUUAUGUUUGGAUACCGUGAUGCGCUGUGCGGGUACUAGCACAGUGUCAAGGCAGUCCAACGCAAUGACUGUCACACUAGUUGUUUUGAAACGCAUGCACGCGCACAGACACACACACACACACACUCACAA